AGCCCUGGCUCUGUUUUGCAGUGCGCUGUGCGGAGCUGCAGAUCCAGCUGACGGAGGCCGUGUCGGGGCUGGCAGGGCAGAAGGAGUUGGUGGCCAAACUGGAACACGACCUCAGCACCAUCCAGGCCCUCUCUGCUGUGCAUCGUCCAGACGCAGAGGGCGCAGCCAUCCCCAGCCUGGAGAAGAUACCUGAGCCCAUCAAGGAGGCCACCGCGCUGUUCUAUGGUCAUCCACCGUCCCCCAGUGCCCCGUUCCCUGAGGGGCAGGUGGACUCACUGCUUUCCAUCAUCUCCAGCCAGAGGGAACGCUUCCGAGCCAGGAACCAGGAGCUGGAGGGGGAGAACCGCAUGAUGCAGCACACGGUGCACGCAUUGCAGAGCGAGCUGGACAACCUGCGGGCUGAUAACAUCAAGCUCUAUGAGAAGAUCAAGUUCCUGCAGAGUUACCCCGGCCGGGGCAGCAGCAGGGAUGACACAGAGCUGCGUUACUCCUCGCAGUACGAAGAGCGCCUGGAUCCCUUCUCCUCCUUCAGCAGGAAGGAGCGCCAGCGCAAGUACCUGAGCCUGAGUCCCUGGGACAAAGCCACGCUGAGCAUGGGACGACUCAUCCUAUCCAACAAGACCGCUCGCACUGUCGCGUUUUUCUACACGCUGCUCUUGCACUGCCUUGUCUUCCUGGUUCUCUACAAAACUGCCUGGAGUGAGAGCGUGGGCAGGGACUGCGCUGCGUUCUGCGCCAAGAAGUUCGCCGACCACCUGCACAAGUUCCACGAGAACGGGGAUGGCGGUGACAUGUGGCAGUGACAGCCUGACUGCACCACUCCUCCCGCAGCAGGAUCCGGCCCUUCACUAUCGCUUCGCUUUCUGCUUCGUUGGAUGGGGGCAACGCUGCACCUUCCGCCCCUGUUGGGAACCAGUAGCCCCAGUGCGGGGUAAGACCGACCCACGGCACUUUGAGGAUGGAGCCGGGGCUGUGGGAUGCUCAGCACCACCUGAGGGCAGGGCGUAAGAGCUGCUCCCCUGUGAGCCCGUUGGCUUUAGAUGAUGAUAUUUGCUCUCUGCCGUUGGGAAAUGUGAUCCAGGGAGGGGUGGGCUGCUCGCUGGGGCUUUGCUGGGACAGUUCUAUUGGCUUUUUUUAGAUGUUACGUAGGGUGGCUUGGAACCUCUGCUGCUAUUCACACUUGUACUCUUCGUAAAUCAUUUUGAAUAAUGUAGAGUUCUGCAGGAUGAGUGAUUAAAUAAACAGCUAUGCAUUGAG